AUGACGAAGGGAACAGGAAGUUUCGGAAAGAGGAGGAACAAGAGUCACACUCUGUGUGUGAGAUGUGGUCGUCGUAGCUUCCACAUCCAGAAGAGUCGCUGCUCUGCUUGUGCUUACCCUGCUGCUCGCAAGAGGACCUACAACUGGAGUGAGAAGGCCAUCAGGAGGAAGACUACCGGUACCGGGAGGAUGAGGUAUCUCCGAAAUGUUCCCCGCCGGUUCAAGACUGGUUUCAGAGAAGGUACUGAAGCUAAGCCAAGAAACAAGGGAGCAGCAUCAACCUAA